AUGGCGGGUGUUGCUGAGAAGGCGAGAUUCUAUCUCGAACGCUCCGAGGAAAUCCGCACAAUUGUACAGAAACGCAACGAGCACGAGCACCGAGUGCUCUCGCCAGGAAACGCACCCUCCGAAUGGUCCGCCUAUGUCAAAUGGGAACAAUCCCUCGAAAGCCUGCGCAGCAAGAGAUGCCGCCGGCUCAAAAUCCACCACCUCAACUCAGCACACGCCGGCCAGGGCCGCGUACUAUCGAUCUACGAGCGAGGCGUCAACAGACACCCCGGCAGCAGGAAACUAUGGAAAGGCUAUCUGUCCUACGCGGCCAGCAUCAAGGCCGCAAAGCGAUGGCGCAAGACCAUGGCAAAGGCCCUUCGCAUGAUGCCCACUGACGCUGAAUUCUGGGUCAUUGCGGGCCGACGGUCUGCGAGGAAUGGUGACAUGGCCGCAGCGCGAGGAUUCUUCAUGCGCGGCUGUCGAUUCUGCACCCAGGACUGCAAACUGUGGCUUGAAUACGCAAGGAGUGAGAUGGAGUGGCUAGUCAAGGUGGAUCAGCGCAAGAGUGAGAAGAAGGGUGUCGACGCAUUGCGGCCCGACCGCGUUGAUGAUGACGACGAACUUUGCAUCGCGGACAGCGAGGAUGAGGACGAGGCCGAAGACGGCAACAUGUUGCCCGAGCCAUCGCGAGCCCAGGCCAAAGUCAUUGACAAGCAGGCCUCGGAACAGCUCAAGUCCAACCCGGCCAUGGACGGCGCUAUACCAAUGGCCAUUUACGACAUAUCCCGGAAACAGGCAUUCUUUACUCCUGAGGUUGCGGAGUCCUUCUUCACCAUGUUCGCUUCGUUCAAGGCUCUGUCAGUUGAACCCAAGAUUUCCCAACACGUUUUGGACUCGUUGAGUGAGGCGUACCCGAACCACCCGUCCACAUGCAAUUGCUACAUCAGACAACCCAUCCUUGGCGUGCAGACCAACACUGCGGAAUUCCCGCGAGGAUUGCGAGACGUGUUGGCACGGUUGGGCGAGAAGUUGGAUGUCACCACAGACAAGCUCGAGCUCAGUCGCAAGACGACAGCUUGGAUAGAUGGAUAUCUGGCUCGGGGGGGGCUGGAUGAUGACAUUCGGCAGGUUUUGGAGUACACAAAGGAAAAGUUGGAAUUGUCGUGA